AUGGCAGAGAAGGAAAAGACACCGCUUCCCGAAGCAGCACACGGCGCGCUCACUCCGCAACCCGUCGCACCCCCCCCACCCGCCGCCGACUCGACUGGCGAGGCAGCUCUGGAGGCCUCCCACCUCGACGCAGAGCUGCCAGACGAGCUCGUAUACAAGCUUGUGCUCAACUUUCGCGGCAAGAAGCAGGAGGUCAAGGUCGUCGAGUCGGACACGGUGGGAGACCUCAAGCAGUUGCUCUGGAGUCUGACGAACGUCCCGCCCGAACGGCAGAAGCUGGUUGGGUUGACGAAGGGGAAGCUGCCGGGAGACGAAGAGGCCGUUGUCAAGCUUGGCCUCGGGGCAGGGGCAACGACGGGCAAGCUGAAGGAAUUCAUGAUGAUUGGGACGCCAGAGGGUGAGGAGGCCAAGGCUAUAGGGCCAUCUGAGAGGGAGGAUGGCGACUUGGACUAUUCGACGGAGGCCUCGAAGCUCAAAGCCUACAUGGCCGUCCAGUCUGUCCGGAACCGUCGCAAGCUCAAAGAGACGGCCGAGAAGCUCGAGAUCAACCUCAUCGCGCCGCCGCGACCAGGGAAGAAGCUCCUCGUACUCGACCUCGACGGCUGCAUACUGGACACGACCUGCUGGAAGCACCAAGAGUUCGGGACGGAGCUCUUCCAGCGACCCUACCUGCACGAGUUCCUGCGCGCCGUCUCGCCCUUCUACGAUCUGAUCGUCUGGUCGCAGACCCACUGGCGAUGGCUCGAGACCAAGAUUGUCGAGCUGAAUAUGAUCGGACCGUCGAAGAAGGGCGACUACCACCUCGUCACGACGCUCGACCGCUCGCCCAUGUUUUCGAUCUACAGCGAGCGCGAGGGCAAGGCGUGGAAGCACGAGGUCAAGGCGCUCGGACUGAUCUGGGCCAAGUUCCCGGGGCAGUACACCGCCGAGAACACGAUACACGUCGACGACCUCUCGCGGAACUUUGCGCUCCAGCCGAAGAACGGUCUCAAGGUUCACGCUUACAAGGACGCCUUGACGAGGGACCGAGUAGACACGGACAAAGAGCUUCUUUACGUCGCGCGGUACCUCCUCCAACUCUCCCUCGUCGACGACUUCCAGACUCUCGACCACUCGCGCUUCCGCAAAUCCAAACUUCCUCUUCCCGACGGCGUCGCAGAUCCGCUCCGCCUCGUGCGAGGCGAGGAGGAGAACUAG